GGACUAAUUUGGUCAAUAUCUUCAGAUAUCUAACAUAACUACGUACUAAGUAAAGGGAUGGCAGAGGAUCUGAAGAGAUACAUCUUUAGGCUGAUGUCAAAGGUGGAUGGACUUUAUGGGAUUGCGAUAACUGAUCGUGACGGCGUGCCAGUUCUGAAAGUGUCCAAUGAGAAUGCCCCUGAGCUGGCUCUGAGACCUGGCUUCCUGGUCACCUUCUCCAUGGCUGCUGACCAGGGCAGCAAAAUGGGACUUGGGAAGAACCAGCGGAUAGUCUGCAUGUACUCAGCCUACCAGGUUGUCCACUUCAACAAGGCCCCCUUGAUGGUCACCCUGGUAGCCAACAGUACAGCUAACACAGGAAUGAUUCUCAGCCUGGAAGAUGAACUAACAGAUGCACUUCAAGAUCUCAGACAAGCGGUGGAUGUUGCCUGAGGUUGUGUCUCUAGCAGCACAUAUAGAACAGUCAGGGCUGGAGACUGAUUUAGUGAAGCAUGCAGGGACAACAGGGACAGCACAAACUAUGCCGGACUUCAACUUAUUAUAAUACUCCCUAUUCAUGCCGACGCCAUCUUGGAUCGAAAAUGAGGCUUGGGGAGCAAGUGCAUUAGACGCGUCCCAGACCUGGGCCGAAGAAAAUGGGGAAAUUCCACUGUUGUGUGCCGAGCUGCACAAACAAUUCUCGCUACAAUCUGGAGACAAAACUGAGCUUUCAUCGGCUUCCACGUGAUAGUUUGUUUGCUCCCCAAGCCUCGUUUUCGAUCCAAGAUGGCUUCGGCAUGAAUAGGGUGUAUGCUGUGUACCGGUUCACUGGACUUGGAUCCCGACUUGUAAGAAUGUUUAGGUUCAAGUCCAAAAAAACCUUAAAGUUAACAACCGA